AUGACGCGAUCAACCAUCCUCAACAACGAGAUUGUGGCCCACGCCAACGAAGAGAGCCCUCUCCUGCCACAAUCGCAAAGAAUGGGACCGCCAAAAGACGAUGCCGUGCCGACGCUUCAAAAAUGGCGGGAUUACUUCACGGUGGACGUGAGCCGUGAUUGGGCCGAUCUCAUUCUCAUCCUCUGCUAUCUCAUCACCGGCCUCCUCGACAGCGCCUCGAUAUCAGUAUGGGGGAGUUUUGUGUCUAUGCAAACGGGAAACACCGUCUACAUCGGCCUCGGCCUGGCCGACCCCUCGGCCUCGACCCGCUGGCUCAAAUCCGGCACCUCCCUCCUCUCCUUCCUCCUGGGAUCCUUCCUCUUCUCCCGCUUCCACCGCUUCUUCUCGGCCAAACGCCGCUGGGUCCUCUGCGCGUCCUUCUCCGCCCAACUCCUCCUCAUCGUUGCGGCCGCCUGCAUGGUCACGCUGGCCGGCUCGGACGUGCACCCGGAGUCGGUCGCCUGGUACGUCCUCGUGCCCAUCGCGCUGGUGGCGUUUCAGAGCUGCGGGCAGGCUGUCAUGAGCCGGGCGCUCAAGUACAAUGCGCUCACCAGCGUGGUGCUAACGAGCAUCUACUGUGACUUGUUCUCCGAUGCGGACUUGUUCGCGGUGCACAAUGCGGAACGGAAUCGGAGGGUGGCGGCGCCGCUGUCGCUGCUGCUCGGUGCGUUUUUGGGAGGGAAGCUGGCGAACACAGAGUUUGGGGUCGCCGGGGCGUUGUGGGCAGCGGCUGGGUUGAAGUUGAUUGUGGUGGUGAUUUGGAUAUUCUGGCCGGCUGACCCGUCGUUGGAUGAGGCGGUUUAA